UUUAAUAAAAUCAUUCUACCCAUUUAUUCUUGUUUGCAUUCUAGAAUCAACAUUGACCAUCAGAGAGUUUACUGAACAUUGUACACUCAUGAACUUCUUUCAGUGGAUACAGAUUGAAAGAAAGCAGAGCAAUAGGCAACUCAUUGGUUAGGGUGAAGAUAUUUCUAAACAUUCCUUCCUUCAUAGUCACUACUGCAGUAUAAAAAGAGCAAAACCAGUGUAUGACAACAAAGAUGAUACAAGAUAGAUGUGUCAGCACAAGUUGUUAAAUUGAAACCAAAGUGAGGGUCAGAGAGGAAGAUCAUGAUUUGGAAUUCAAAUAUUAAGAUUACUUUCUCAGUCGUAUUGAAUGCUUGGAAUUACAAAACCACCAACAAAAGAGUACACAUGGGAAGAUGCAUGGUUCCAGCUGGGUAUCUAGCAGAUGACUGCUUUACCUAUCAUUACUAGAAGAGGAGCCCCUUGGUCCUAUGGAGAAUCGAUGACCCACGGUAGGGGAAUGCUAAGGUGCUAAGUGGGAGUGAGUGGGAUUGUAGGGGAGCAGCCUCAUAGAGACAGAGAGAGGGUGCCAGAACAGAGGGGUUGUGGAGGAGAAACUGGGAAGGGGAAUAAAUGUAAAUAAAUAAAAUAACCAAAAAAGAAAAGGAAGAAAAAAGGAAGAACAGAGCAUGGCAUUUUCUCUGGAUCUUGUUGAACAUUUAAAACUCAAUCUUUAUCAUGUACAUUAACUCUGGAUUUGUCAAGGACUGUAUAAUUUUGGAUAGAGCUGGAAUAAUUAUAUUUUUGCUUUGAUCAGUUUAUUGACUCUCAAGUCAAUGCAACCAUGGGCCUUAUUUAGAUAAUCUGUUCAUUACACUGGUGUGACAUAGUCCAUAUUGUACAUGGUCCAUGUUUUUCAGUGAUUAUAAACACGAGUGCCUCUCCCUGACUUGGACUUUGUAAUACAAUGUCCUAUGUGUCCCCAGUAGCUCCGAUUGUAUUACUACUGGAUGUCUCACUGUGAAUUAACUGAAACAAUCUACUGACAUAAUUUCUAGCUGUGUUAACAUAAUCAGCUUGUUGACACAUUCUAAGGGCCAAAUUUGAACAAAUGGGCUUCCUUGUAGGCAUUCACACACAUGAGCAAUAUCCUGGAUCCUGGGAAUGAAUUAUCCUCCUAAGUAUUUUCCUACCCAUGUUUAUUACAUGGACUGUGAACACCAGUUGCAGAGCCCCAGGAAAGAAAGCAUUUAAGUUUCCUCCAGAGCUCAGAAACAGUCUUCAAAAUAAGGCAUCAUGAAUAUGCAAUAAUCUUCUCCUUUGCCCAGAGAAAUAAAAGCUGGUAGUAAUUUGUCGUUCAUGGCACUUCACAAUCAACACUGCCCAGGUUUAAGGCAGGAAAAAUAUGUUCAUUUUUAUGGUGGUGUUCUUCCUCAUCAACAUUCCACUUCUCAUGGCAAAUGUCAUUGAUCCCAGGUGCUUUUUGAGAAUAAAUUUGGAUGAAGUCAAAGAUGGAGAUUUGCAGUCAACUUGUUCCUUCAUUCUUGAAGCAGUUCAGAUACCUAUGGAGAAAGAUUAUUUCAACCAGACUCUGAAUGUCCUAAAAACAGCUAAAAACCACAAAUAUGCUUUGACAUUGGCCUUUUCAAUAGAUGAAAUCAACAGGAAUCCUGAUCUUUUACCAAAUAUGUCUUUGAUUAUAAAAUACUCUUUUGGCUAUUGUGAUGGAAAAACUGUAACACCUACACCCUAUUUAUUUCACGAAGAAUUUGAGAAGCCUAUUCCUAAUUAUUUCUGUAAGGAAGAGACCAAGUGUACAUUUCUGCUUACAGGACCGCAUUGGGAGUUCCUUCAGCUUACCUAUGGACCUUUUCAUUCUACCUUGAAUGAUAAUGAACAAUUUCCCUAUCUCUAUCAGAUGGCACCAAAGGACACAUCACUAGCAUUGGCAAUUGUCUCCUUCAUACUUUAUUUCAACUGGAACUGGGUUGGGCUUUUCAUCUCAGAUGAGGAUCAAGGCAAUCGAUUUCUCUCAGAGUUGAAAAAAGUGAGUGAAAGCAAAAAAAUUUGCUUUGCCUUUGUGAGCAUGAUAUCAUUCUCUGAAUUAUUAUUCCAUCAUAAAGUUGAAAUGUACUACGACCAAAUUGUGAUGUCAUCCACAAGUGUUAUUAUCAUUUAUGGGGAGGGAAACAGUAUUACUGAGUUGAACUUCAGAAUAUGGGAAUCUCCAGUUAAACACAGAAUAUGGGUCACCACAAAACAGUGGAAUUUCCCUACCAGUAAUAGAGAUUUAACUCAUGACACAUUCUAUGGGACUUUUACAUUUCAACACCACCAUGGUGAAAUUUCUGGCUUUAAUAAUUUGGUACAGACAUGGUAUCAACUCAGAAGCACAGAUUUAUGUCAAGUAAUGCCAGACUGGAAGUACUUAAACUAUGAAGGUUCAGCAUCUAACUGUGAAAUACUGGAGAACUAUACAUCCGGUGCCUCAUUGGAAUGGCUAUUGGAACAGAAGUUUGACAUGGCCUUUAGUGAUGACAGUUAUAAUAUAUAUAAUGCUGUGUAUGCAAUGGCCCAUGCAUUUCAUGAGUUGAAUCUGCAACAGGUUGAUAAUCAGGCAAUAGACAAUGAGAAAGGAGCCAGUUCUCACUGCUUGAAGUUAAACUCCUUUCUGAGAAAGACUCACUUCACCAAUCCUCUCGGUGACAAAGUGAUUAUGAAACAGAGAGAAAUACUGCAGGAAGACUAUGACAUUUUUCAUACUCAGUAUUUCUCAGAACACCUUGGGAUUAAGGUGAAGAUAGGAAAGGUCAGCCAAUAUUUUAAACGUGAUCAACACUUUCACUUAUAUGUAGACAUGAUUGAGUUGGCCACAGGAAGUAAAAAGAUGCCAUCCUCUGUGUGCACUGAAGAUUGUGGUCCAGGAUUCAGAAGAAUCUGGAAGGAGGGAAUGGCAGCUUGCUGUUUUGUUUGCAAGCCCUGCCCUGAAAAUGAAAUUUCUAAUGAUACAAAUAUGGAUCAGUGUAUGAACUGUCCAGAAUACCAGUUUGCCAACACAAAACACAACAAAUGCAUUCAGAAAGGUGUGCUAUUUUUAAGCUAUGAAGACCCACUGGGGAUGGCUCUUGCUUUAAUAGCCUUCUGUUUCUCUGCAUUCACAGCUGUUGUACUUUGGGUCUUUGUGAAACACCAUGACACUCCUAUUGUGAAGGCCAAUAACAGAAACCUCAGCUACCUAUUAAUUAUUUCACUCAUGUUCUGUUUUCUGUGCACCUUUUUCUUCAUUGGCCAUCCUAACAGAGCAACCUGUAUCUUACAGCAAAUUACAUUUGGGAUUGUAUUCACUGUGGCUGUUUCCACAGUUCUAGCCAAAACAGCCACUGUGGUUCUGGCUUUCAAAGUCACAGACCCUGGAAGAAGGUUGAGAAAUGUCCUGGUGUCAGGGACACCCAAUUAUAUUAUUCCCAUAUGUUCUCUAUUCCAAUGUAUUCUGUGUGCAAUCUGGCUAGCAGUUUCUCCUCCCUUUGUUGAUAUUGAUGAUUACAGUGAGCAUGGACACAUCAUCAUUGUGUGCAACAAGGGCUCAGUUACUGCAUUCUACUGUGUCCUGGGAUACUUAGCUUGCCUGGCACUUGGAAGCUUCACUGUGGCUUUCUUGGCAAAGAAUCUGCCAGACACAUUCAAUGAAGCUAAGUUCUUGACCUUCAGCAUGCUCGUAUUCUGCAGUGUCUGGGUCACCUUCCUUCCUGUCUACCAUAGCACCAAGGGAAAGGUCAUGGUUGCUGUGGAGAUCUUCUCAAUAUUGGCCUCCAGUGCAGGAAUGCUUGGAUGCAUCUUUGCACCCAAGAUCUACAUCAUUUUAAUGAGACCAGACAGAAAUAUCUUAAAGUUCAGAGAGAAAUCAUAUUUCUAA